AUGAUUACUUUUUUUUUAUUCAAUAUUUUUUGUUUUCUUUUUAUUUGUUUUUACAUCAUUGUAGAAGGAAAAUCAUGCAAAUUUAAUAAAAAUUUGAUAAUAGAAAAGCAUAAUGAUUUCAGAUUAAAACAUAAUGCAAAACCUAUUUAUUGGAAUAAGAAACUUGAAAAUGCGUCUCAAAAGGAAGCCAAUUUGAUAAAAACAAAUUCAGAUUGUAUUUUAACUUCUAAACAAAUAAAUACAAAUUAUUUCAACUUUUUUGUAAAUAAUGAAAUUGAAUUAGCAGUUAAUUCAUGGUAUGAAGGAAUUAACGAUUAUGAUUUUGAAUUAGGUGUUAUUAAAAGGAAUAAUAACGUUUUUGAAUUUACUCAAAUUUUAUGGAAAACUGUAGAAAAUAUUGGGUGUUCCACUGCUUGUUGCAAAACUACUGGUAUUUUUAUUUGUAAAUAUGAUAAUUAUCCAAAUAGGCCAGGUUACUUUUCUGAUAAUGUUGGCACCAUUGAUACAACAUUUGUUUUUGAUGAUUUAAUAGUUGAAAAGGAAACAAAUACUAAUUUUUCUAUUUAUAAUAAAAAUACUUUUUAUAUGUGA